AUGUCUUCUACAGCACCAGUGGCAUCUGCGAAGGAUAUUGCCAAGCAUGGCUGGACGGCCGUGCCGGUUGACCCGAAGGAGAUAUUCGGCGACCGGUCAUAUCAACACAAGCCUCCGCCUGAUUCCAUCAGUGAUCUUCCCUUUCCAUACAACGAUCCCAUCGUCGCCAAAGUACACACAUACGCCAGAGCCCAUCUACCAGAACCUACCUACAAUCACUCAAUGCGAGUGUAUCACUUCGGUUAUUGCAUUCUGAAGCACCAGUUCCCGGGCCAGGCUUCCGUCUUGUCAACCUCGACAUGGGCACUGUCAUGCUUGCUGCAUGACAUCGGCACCACGCCGGACAACUUGCGCUCAACCCUCCUCUCAUUCGAGUGGUUCGGCGGCAUCCUUGCCCUUGACCUCCUGAAAUCACAUGGCGCAUCGCAACCCCAGCGCGAAGCCGUUGCUGAGGCCAUCAUCAGACAUCAGGAUAUCGGGACUGUCGGCAAGAUCACCUUCCUCGGACAACUGAUCCAGCUUGCGACUAUAUUCGACAACAUGGGCGGCCGGCCGGAACUGGUGGGCCAGAAGACAAGGGACGAAGUUGUGGCUAAAUUCCCAAGGCUGGGAUGGAGCGGGUGUUUUGCCAAGACGAUUCGCGAGGAGAAUGGGUUGAAACCGUGGGCGCAUACAACGCACCUCGGCGAGGAGGAGUUCCCCAAUGGGGUGGAGGGAAACCAAUUGAUGGCACCGUAUGAGCAACAGGAAAGAUCAGAGAGAGCAGGGCUAAGUAAGAGUAGUUUCUCACCAUCUAACCCCUGA